AUGGAAGUUAUAUCAACAACUUCUGGUGGUAUCGUUAUGGAUGAAUUGCUACUUGACGUUGAUUUUGAGGAGGCAAAAGCUACUGAAAUGUUGCUGAAGCCUGAGCCAGAUGAUUCAAAUGCAGAGAAGCUUAGUACCGAUUUGGUUAUUGAAGAACCUGAACCUCUUCGUAGUAAUAAUAAUGGUGAAGGAGACGACUCUCCUUCUGAGCCUAAAUGGCUACAAGAAGACGAACCUAUAGCUUUAUGGGUUAAGUGGAGAGGGAAGUGGCAGGCAGGGAUAAGAUGUGCGAGAGCGGAUUGGCCGUUGACGACAUUGAGAGGGAAGCCAACGCACGAGAGGAAGAAGUAUUUUGUGAUAUUCUUCCCGCACACGAAGAACUACUCGUGGGCGGAUAUGCAGCUCGUUAGAUCCAUCAACGAGUUCCCUGACCCCAUCGCGUAUAAGUCGCACAAGAUCGGAGUCAAAAUGGUUAGAGAUUUAACCGUCGCUCGGCGCAACAUUAUGCGAAAACUUACCAUUAGGAUGCUCAAAAUAGUUGAUCAGUUCCACUAUGAGGUUGUGGUUGAAGCAGCUAAAGAUAUAAUAUUCUGGAAAGAGUUUGCUAUGGAAGCUUCUCGUAGCACAAGCUAUCAUGAUCUUGGAAGAAUGCUUGUGAAGCUUCAUAGUAUGAUUUUGCAACGAUACAUGAAUCAAAACUGGCUCGAGAACUCGUUUUGCUUAUGGAUACAAAAAUGUAACGAUGCAGUGAAUGCUGAGAGCAUUGAGUUGCUGAAUGAGGAACUUGAUAACUGUAUCAGAUGGAAUGAAGUCAAAUCAGUUUCUGACUCUUCUUCUCAGACGCAGCUAAUGGUGUUAUCAGAAUGGAAAACGUGGAAGCACGACACCAGGAAAUGGUUCUCGAUAUCUCGUCGCACUGUUGGAGAAGUAGCUGAGCAGAGCAAUAGCAGCAAAAGCGUCUUCGACUCGGACGUUCAAGCUAGCCGGAAAAGACCGAAGCUCGAGAUUCGACGCGCAGAGACUACAAACGCAUCGCCGCAGCAAGAACUGCCUGCGAUUGACUCUGAGUUCUUUAGUCAGCGAGACAGUGUGAUGAAGACGCCGGAGAAUGGUUUAGACUUAUGGGACGGCAUUGUCGUUGAAGCUGCCAAAGAGGCUGUGAAUGAACAACCGUCUCGUUUACAAGUCCCGGUCAUGAACGAACCGGCGGUUGUGGUGAAGAAGCCGUUUGGUUCGGGGAACAAGAGCCAGCAAUGCACGGCGUUCAUCGAAGCGAAAGGAAGACAGUGCGUGAGGUGGGCGAACGAAGGAGAUAUCUACUGCUGCGUGCACUUGGCUUCUCGUUUCACGCCGAAGUCUGCCAAGAACGAGGGAUCUCCUGCUGUUGAGACACCGAUGUGUGGAGGCACUACAGUUCUUGGUACGAAAUGCAAGCACCGGUCUCUCCCCGGGAUGUUGCACUGCAAGAAACACCGUCCUCACUCGGAGAUUGAGGCGAAACAUGUUCACUCUCAUCCGCUGAAGAGAAAGGUCUCGGAGAUCAUGCCGAGCUUUGAACCAGAUUUAGCGCCGUUUCGAGAAAUGGAAGGAGGAAGCAGCGUGUCCAAUGGAGCCACGAGCUUCACUGAGAUGCUUAAGCAGUGUAGCAACGAGGAUAACUUGUGUGUAGGUUCUUGCUCGGGGAAGAGCUACGUUUCUUGUCAAGAGUUCGCUACGAAGCAUUCGUUGUACUGCGAGGUGCACCUUCCGAACUGGCUCAAGCGUGCGAGGAACGGGAAGAGCCGGAUUAUAUCGAAAGAAGUGUUUGUAGAUCUUCUGAGAAGCUGUUCAUCUCGGAAGGAGAAGUUGCCUCUACAUCAAGCCUGUGAGAUCUUCUACAAGCUUUUCAAGAGUCUGUUGUCUUUAAGAAACCCUGUGCCGAUGGAUUUACAGCUUCAGUGGGCGAUAUCAGAAGCUUCGAGAGAGGCUGAGGCUGGAGUUGGUGAGUUCUUGAUGAAGUUAGUGUCUCAUGAGAAGGAAAGAUUAGCUAGGAUAUGGGGUUUCGGUGCUAAUGAAGAUGAAGAAGAAGAUGCAUCAAUGUUUUCUUAUGAUGAAGAUGAGGAUGAUGAUGAAGAAGGCGAGGAAGCCAGAGACGGACAUAACUUGUCCUUUGGUGGAUUUGCUUGUGCUAUUUGCUUAGACUCUUUUGUCAACAGGAAGCUUUUGGAGAUUCAUGUGGAGGAGAGACACCAUGUCCAGUUUGCUGAGAAGUGUAUGCUUCUUCGUUGUAUUCCUUGUGGAAGCAACUUUGGAGAUCAAGAACAGUUGCUUGUCCAUGUUCAAGCUGUGCAUCCUUCAAGAACAGUUGCUGCUUCCGAGUCGUCUCAAAAACCUGAUUCGCAAAUCGUUGCGAGCCAAAAUGCAAACAACGGAGGAGGCGUGCAUAAGUAUGUUUGCAAGUUCUGUGGGUUGAAUUUCAACUUGUUACCUGACCUUGGCCGUCACCAUCAAGCAGAACACAUGGGACCGGAACAAGCCAGCUCUCGUGGCGGUCCAAAGAAAGGUUUGAGGCUUAAUACCUACAGGAUGAAGUCUGGUAGGCUCAGUCGUCCGAACAAGUUCAAGAAAACUCUUGGAGCAGUCUCUUACAGGAUUAGAAACAGGAGGAGGAUGCAAGGCUCAAAGCCGCUCGGCGCAGAAGGAAAAACUGGACUCUCGCCGCCAGUGAAUGAUAAUGGGAGCUUUGAUGCUUCAACAGAUGCUCAUUGCUCUGUGGUUUCGAACAUAUUGUUCUCAAAGGCACAGAAAGUGAUGCACCGUCCUAACAACUUGGAUAUUCUCUCUGCUGCUCGAUCAGCUUGCUGUAAGGUGAGUCUUGAGACCUCGUUGGAAGCUAAGUUCGGGAGUUUGCCUGAGAGGGUUUAUCUAAAGGCAGCGAAACUCUGCGGUGAGAAUGGUGUACAAGUGCAGUGGCAUCAGGAAGGAUUCGUAUGCUCUAAUGGAUGUAAGCGUUUUAAAGAUCCGAAUCUUCUCACUCCCUUGGUUCCAAGGCAAGAGAAUGACCGGUUUCCGAUGGCUAUGGACGUCGGAGAAGCUUCUAAUAAGGAGUUGGAAGUGGAUGAGUGUCAUUGUAUCAUGGAAGGUCAUCAUUUCAGUAAGAGACCGCUUGGAAAGUCUGCGGUUUUGUGCAGUGAUAUAAGCUUUGGUAAGGAGCCAGUUCCUAUAUCUUGUGUCGUCGAUGAGGAUGUUUUGAAUUCGGAAUUGCUGAAUGAGAAUCCUUGGGAAAGUUUUAGUUAUGUUAGUAAAUCAUUGCUUCAUCCGUCAAUGGAUGUGGCUAAAGAGAAUCUGCAGCUUAAGUGUGGCUGUUGGGGUGCAGUGUGCUCGCCUGUAACUUGUGAUCAUGUUUACCUUUUUGGUAACGACUUUGAGGACGCUAGAGACAUAUUUGGAAAGUCUAUGAGGUUUAGAUUCCCAUAUGAUGACAAAGAACGGAUCAUCUUGGAGGAAGGUUAUCCAGUUUAUGAAUGCAAUAAGCUCUGUGGAUGCCCUAGAACAUGUCAGAACCGAGUUUUGCAGAACGGGAUUCGCGUGAAGCUUGAAGUUUUCAGAACAGAAAGCAAGGGAUGGGGGUUACGAGCUUGUGAACAUAUACUGCGCGGCACAUUCGUCUGCGAGUUCAUUGGAGAGGUUAUUGACCAGGAAGAAGGAACCAAGAGGCGAAACCAGUAUGGAAAAGAAGGUUGUAGCUACAUACAUGACAUUGAUGCCAACAUGAACGACAUUGGUAGAUUAAUCGAAGGAGAUACUGAUUAUGUUCUUGAUUCUACUGCUCAUGGAAAUGUCUCUAGAUUCAUCAAUCACAGCUGCUCUCCGAAUCUUGAAACUCACCAAGUUGUUGUGGAAAGCAUGGAAGCUCCUCUUGCUCAUAUCGGUUUCUAUGCAAGUGUCGAUAUAGCUGCAGGAGAGGAGAUUACGAGAGACUAUGGACGCAGACAAGGACAAGAAAAUGAACAUGAAUGCCAUUGUAGAGCUAUAAAUUGCAGAGGUCGUCUCUGUUAG